UUUUAAUCAAUGAAUUAUUUAUAAAGUAAUAAAGUUGCUAUAAAAAAUAAUAUUUGCAUUUUACGCAUUGCACGUAUUUGAGGAUGUAAAAACGUUAACAGUAUAGUAGCGUACUUUUGAAUCAUAUUCUAUGCAGAAAGAUAUAUUUAAAAAGACCAUAUUAUUAAAAUAGUUACAACAAAUUCUCAUAUUAUUCAUGAAAAGUUCAUUUAAUACAUGUAAAUGAAAUAUAUUUAAAACUAUCUGCAAAAAAUAUGUUGAAAUUGGACAAACUUUGUUGAAGGCGUGCACUAGUACACAAGGUUUACCGUAACGCCACCAUGCGAGUGUUAUGAAGAUUUAAACAGUGGGUUAACCUUCAGGAAACGGCGUAGUUUUUCCUUAUUUAUAUAUAUAUGUAACAGAACUAAAUGUAUUUCUGGAAAAGCGUACAUCGUUUAUAACUUGUACAUAUUUUAUUACUUUAUUAAUGAAUUGAAAUACUUGACAUUAUAUUACAACUAAAGAACAACAGCUGUUGUAGUCAUACAACAGUAGUCAUGAAUGAUUUUGCGAAAUCUCAACUCAUGAAAUAUGGGUGGACAGAAGGCAAAGGUUUAGGUAAACAUGAAAAUGGUAUAGCUGAAGCAUUAAAAACAAAAUUAAAAUUAGAUAAAACAGGAGUAGGACAUAAAGAUAAAGAUUGGCAUAACUGGUGGGAAACUGCUUAUAAUAAAGCAGCUAAUAGUAUUAAAGUUGAUUCACAAAUUGAUGAUGUUCUCAUAUCACUUCAAAAAGAGAAUAAAAGUGAUCUAUCAGAAGAUUCAAAUAAAAAACAAAUGAAAUUUCAAGCUUCUCUAAAGUAUUCAAAUUUUCGUAAAACUUCUACACUUCUGAAUGGCAAUUUAAUAACAGAAAAUUCUACUGCAUCUAAAGUAGAAGAUGCUCCUAGUAUUACAAAUGUUUCAUUAACUGAUGAAGAAUUAUUUCAAAUAUGUGGCGGUAGAACUGCUCACAAAGGAGCAAGACAUGGAUUAACAUUAAGUGGUAAACUAAAUAGGAUUGCCCAACAGGAAAAAGGUUUAUUAAACAUUACUGCAUAUAGAAAUACUAACAUAGAAAAAUUAGAAACAAAUAACAACAAAUCUGAAAGUAAUGAGCACGAAAUAGAUAAUAAUAAUGACAUUGUAUCAUUACCUAUACAUUCUUUUACUGAAGAAUUAAUAGUUCCUACAAUAUCUAAAAACGAUAGAAGGAAAGCUAAGAAGCGUAUAAAUACCUUAACCCGUCAGUUAAAUAAUCUAUGUAAUGUAAGUGAUAAUAACAAUGAAAAAGAUAUGCAUAGUACAGAUAAUGGAGUACUCAAAGAAGGAUUAAAGGUAGAAGAGAAAGAGAAAAGUAAAAAAUGUAAAAGAAAGAAAGAAAGAAGGGGUUCUGCAUCUGGUGAUUUUAAAAGCAUCCAAACAGAAGAAAUUGAUACAUCAUUUCUUUUUAGUAAAGAAUUAGCAAAGAAGAAGAAGAUGAAGGGAAAGAAAAAGAGAAAGAGAAACAAUGAUAUUCAAAGUAACUUUAAUGAGUGUAUUCCAGAUACUAGGAAUGAUGAGGAAUUAGCUGGUUCUAAGGCAAAAAAAUUGAAGAAAUCACAAAAUAGUGAUUCUACUUUACAGCUCUUUACUAAAGAUAAAUUUCAAACAAAACUUCAUUGUGAUCGAACAUCUACACAUUCAAAUCGUGUAAGUGAUUCCAGUGAAUAUAUUUCAGAUGUAUAUUUUAAAAACAAGAUAGACAGAUUAAAUGCCAAGAUCAAGAAAAAAAAGAAUUCAAAAUUUCUUAAAAAACAAGAAAGAAAAUUAUGUGCAGAUUUGGAAGCUGUUCAUUUUGGUACUGAAGAAUUAACAGAGAAAAAAAAGUACGUAAAACAAAGUAGAAGCAAUAGAGAAUGUAAUCACAAGUAAUAUUGCAUUUGAUAAAAUUAAACUUUCAAAGAAGAUGUAAAAGAAAUGUAAUAAACGAAAAGCUUUGGAAACAUUAUAAAAUGUUUGUUAGGUUCCAUAUAAUUAAAGAAUUAUUUGUAUAAAAAUAUGUAAUAAUUUUUACCGCAAUUGUAUAUACAUUUCUAUACAUAUAAUAAUCAUUUUGUUAUGCAUGUAAAACAUCUUCUAUAUAUUUAUUCUUUAAAUAUACAAUUAAUAUUUUUAUAGGUAUGGUGUUAUUGAUUAAAAUUUUUUUUGCAAACUAUUACAAUUUUUGUAAUUAUUUUUUCUAUAUUAUUUUAGCAAAAAUUAAACAGGAAACAAUCAUAUAAUGUCAAACUUUCAGCAAAAUUUAAAAAUAUUAAAUUUUACACAUUUUAAAACAUUCUUAACAUCUUAGUUUUUUAUACAUUUAUUAAUGGACACAAUUUUUAUACAAUUUAUUAAUUGUCCUUAACAAUUUAAUAGGAGCGUAACAAAUCAGCCGCACACUUACGAUCUUAUACAGAUGAUAUUUACUUGUAUAUAGCUCGUAAAAAUGGGAAGAAACAUAUUUUUAACAAAUAUCUAUUAUUAAGAAUCAUUUCAUACAUUUUGUAGUAUGCUAAUUACAAUUUUUUUAAUAAUAUCUUUAUAUAAAAUAAGACAAAUUUUCUAAAGUUACUAAAAUACUCUGCAGAGUCUAGUAAUCUUAGUUUUGUUGUUAUAAGUGAACAAAUUUCACUCAACAAACUUAUUGAAUUAUAAUAUCAUUUAUAUUGUUUAAUUGAGCUAAUAAUUGAUUCACUAAUUCUGUAAUUCGUUAUAGGAUUAUCAAAAAGUAAUAUCCUUUCUUACACUUAUAAUCAUUAAAAUAUCGUAUAAAUACAAUACAAUCGAAUUCAUGUACUAGAAAUAUUAUUAUCGCUAGCCUUAAUAAAUACAUUGAUAUGAAAUUCUAAAUUAAUAACUGCAAAGUACAUGUUAAAUAAAUAAUUGCUAUUAUUUAGAUACCAUUAUACGAUUGCAACAGUAAAUUUACAUAAACUUUGUGUAAGAUGUAUAGGAUACACAUAAUUGCCGCAUUAUAUGUAAAAAAUAACAUAUUGAAUUUCAAAAUUUUAGCAGCAUUGGUCUCAGAGAAUUAGCAUUACUUGAGACUGAAAUAAUAUUAAUACAAUUCUAUAUCAUACAAAUACAAUAGUGAAUAUACAAUUCUUAAACAAACUAAACUUUCACUUAAAACAAUUAACUAUUAAACAUUACCGAUAGUAAGCGUAAAUAGCAAAAUAUAUGUGUGUAUAUAUAAAUGUAUAUAAUGUGUUCUUGUAACAAUUCUUUUAGAAUCGUAUAAAAACUUAAAUAUAUUGGAACGAUUUCAUUUUAUUUA